GAGGGAUUGACACAAUUUUGUUGUCAAAACUGUCAAUGGACAUUUACAUUAUUAUUAUACAUGGUUUUUAAUUAGAUGGUUGAAGUUAAAUAAGAUGUAAACUAAACGAUUUGUGUUAAUACUUCGACUUUUUUAUUUAAAUAAACUUAUUACUUGGAAAAAAAUGGCUCCUGUACCUUUAGAAGGGCUUCAAACGCCCGUUUCGAACGCGGUGGCACAAAAUAAUCUUGGGGGCCCACAAGAAGGUAACCGAGGAGGAAUGAUGUCGUUGGCACUGUUAAUAGAAUUUAUCGUACAACGAACUUAUCACGAACUCACCGUUUUGGCCGAAUUGUUACCCCGAAAAACUGAUAUGGAGAGAAAAAUUGAAAUUUAUAAUUUCGCAACCAGAACUAGACAGUUAUUCGUAAGGCUGUUAGCUCUUACAAAAUGGGCCAACAGUGCAUCAAAAGUUGAAAAAUCAGCCAGAAUUAUGAACUUUUUGGAUAAACAGUCCCUGUUAUUUGUUGAAACAGCUGAUAUGUUAGCUAGAAUGGCUAGAGAAACAUUAGUACAAGCCAGAGUACCUAAUUUUCACAUACCAGCAGCUGUGGAAGUACUAACAACUGGCACUUAUGGUAGAUUACCAGCUUGUAUAAGAGAGAAAAUUGUCCCACCAGAUCCCAUAACUCCGUCAGAGAAAAGAAAUACCCUGUUAAGGCUCAACCAGGUCAUUCAACAUAGACUUGUAACAGGAAAUUUGUUACCGCAAAUGAAAAACUUGAAGAUUGAAAAUGGAAGAGUUACCUUUCAUGUUCAACAUGAAUUUGAAGUAUCGUUAACAGUAAUGGGAGAUGGUCCUAAUAUUCCAUGGAGAUUACUAGAAAUUGAUAUUUUAGUUGGAGAUAAAGAAACUGGAGAUGGAAAAGUUCUGGUGCAUUCUCUACAAGUGCAGUACAUCCAUCAAUUAAUCCAAACUCGUUUGGUGGAUAAUUCCCAACCUUUAACCGAAGUAUACAAUUGUUUACACUUUUUUUGUCAAUCGUUACAGUUGGAAGUCUUGUAUUCUCAAACCCUAAGGUUAAUGAGAGAUAGAUUAGACGAUCAUAUUCAUGUUGAUGAAUAUAUUCCUGGAAAAUGUUUGACUGUGUCUUAUUGGAGGGAAUUGACCAAUAGGGGUAAAGAAAUGAUAAAUAAGGAUAUUCGAUCUGAAUUAGGGUACCGGCUGUCUGUUCAAGUAGAUAUCCACGAUCCAGCUCGACCGUUGGCAGUAGUUCAUGUACCAUCUUUAGGAAACAAGGAAAGUGAGAUUGCUGAUAGAGCAAUAAGAUCCGAAGUUUUAUCAAUGGAACGACUUUUAGUUUAUACCAUUUACGUUAGAACCAAAAGUAGAUUAUCCGAUAUUAAAUUAGAACUACAAGGGAUGCUUAAGGAUGUAGAAUGUAAUCUACAAGGUUCUCCGGCAAUUUUAUCAGUUGCCAUACUACAACCUUGUUUGCGAGCUGAGCAAUUGCUAAUAACUGUCGAUACACAUACCGGAAUGUUACAAUGUCACGUGCCGCAAUAUGAACCGCCUCUUAUACCCGAUCUAAAUCAAGCUCUUAACGGUGAUCAUUCCAAAUUACCAAUGCUGAUAUCGGAAUUGAGGUAUUGGAUCACUCAGAGACGUUGUGAAAAAACUUUGCAACAUUUACCCGCAACUGCUUAUGAAAAACUUCCUUUAAUGUACCACGGUGAUCACCCCAUCACUAAAAUUGGACGACACAAGAUGUAUGUACGCUUACAUAGGCAUCCGAACGUUGUAUUGAUUGUUGAACUUAAAGAAAUGGGAAACGGUUCUUCGGAAAUUGAUGUUUCUUUUUAUUUGGCUGUCGUUAAACAUUCCAGUAUCGAGGAUAACCCUGAUGAUGAUACUAUGGAAUCCGAAAUACCUAAAGUUUUUCUCAAAGUACAAUCUUUGAUAGAAUUCGAUACAUUUGUUUCUACGCAUGGACCGUUUACUAGCGUAUCAGGCUCACUAGAAUCGGAUACCACAGAAUCGAAUAGUUUAAAAAGAAAAUGUGGCAUAAAACCUGAACCGACAGCUAGAAGAAGUAAACAACCUGCUUAUUUUAUAGCCGAGCUGGCGCACGUUGUAGCCAUGUGUGAUGAACGGUUACCGUUUGUAACUUUAGCCAACGAAUUGACUAAAAGGAACGUUUUCCAUCAAGGUCUUCAAGUUGAAUCGAACGCCACAGGUUUGGUAUUGAAAUUGAUUCAAUUACCGCCUCCUUCUAAGGAAAUUGGACUUUCUACUGCUUGGAACGCUCUAAUGAAACGUUUGCUAUCGGUUUCGAUACGAGUUUUGAGUAAAGGAGUUUUGAAAAGUUGGAUGGUGGAGUUCGUGUUUUAUUCCACACCGCUUUCCAGUACCCAUCCCAAAGAACAAGGAUCUAGGCGUCCGAUUUAUUUUCAAUACGAAAUGACCACAAUUGACAAUACUGCAAAGACUGCGGAUUCUUUAAUAAGCGAUUGGAAUCAGAUCGUUCAUUUGUAUACUCUCGUACAUGAUUUGAGCGAAUAUCUUAAAAUAGACAAAUACAGUUUCCUUUCGAACAUGUUCUGCAUCAAAUCUUACAAUUACACCAAAUUAAUCCUCUGUUACGGAUCCGACAAAGGCGCAAUGGUAUCGAUCACUUGGGUCAGUUCGGACAAAAUGUUCCAAUUAGCAUUCGGUGCGACAAACGGCACCCUAAACGCCCAUUCCAUAAUACAAGAACAGUUGGAGUCCCAUUUGAACCAACACAGGAAUUUGGGACAGAUCAUACAGUUGUUGCACGAGACCUACGAACCGUUAUUGUCGAUCAGCAAACUACCGACCAUACCUCAGUUGGGUAUACAUAACACCAGACCCCAAGUUCCGGUCCAAACUUUCACCAUAAUGGCGCAGUCUUGCACGCUGAUCCGUUUGGCGUACCAAGGAAUGUAUUGCCUGGAACUUAGAAUCCGAGGAUCCGGUCUGGUGUCGCUAAGAGAUGGCGCUUACAGUAGAUUCGAUAGGAGCAACGUCGUCGACGUAUUUUCCCCCACCCAAGGUUUGAAAGCGUUUCUAUCGAAAUACGUCGACGAAACCGCCGUAUUUCGAAGAAGAUCUCAAUCCGAAGACGAUAAUCCUCCGUCGCCGAUGGAAGUCGAAGGCGGCGGAUUCCUAGGCCAUCACCGAGGACCCCAAUCGCCCGCGGGCCAAAGGGAACCCGCCGGUCUCCGUUUCCAUCCGCCGCUAACCCCCCCAUCGGGCUCCAAUCCCCAUACGCCGGCCAGUCCGCAUACUUCGAUGAACCAACCGACGACUCACGCCAGUUACGGAUCCAGUCCGGCGACUUCGUUUAAUUUGGCGUCUCCGACGUCGCUUCAACCGAAUAUCAAUCCCAGUCCGAUGCCGCAUCCGAGUCCCGGAGGUUUGGUGGCCAAUUCGCCGCUCAAUCCCCAAUUGGCGAGUCCGGGGGGGUUGUUGAGCAAUUCCUCGCCCGGUCCGCAGAGUACCAACUUGCCGGGACAUUCGCCGGUUAGCAGUUUCAUACCGACGGGCCACACCGACGGCAGUCCGUUCCCUUCUCAAAGUAUGUCGUCGCCGGCGGCUUCGGCCAAUUGGCCGGGCUCGCCCGGUAUGCCCCGACCGUCGCCGGCGCGACCGGGGCAAUCCCCCGGGGGGCAUUCGCUGAUGCACAGCCCCCAACAAUCCACCGAUCUCAAAUUAGGUAGCCAUUUAUCGAGGGUGUUGCCGCAAAGAUCUUGGGCCGGCGCCGUACCGACGCUUCUGACGCACGAAGCUCUCGAGAUACUCUGUUGCCCUUCGCCCCAUCCUCAAGGACUUCCGGUGCCCGAAUUGGCGCCAUUGGAGAGGUUCUUGGGGUGCGUUUAUAUGAAAAGGCAACUGCAAAGAUACGUGCAUACGGAAAACUACUUAACGGCCAUACAACCCACCGAGCCGGGCGUUAUACAUUUCAAAGUAACCGAAACUUUGCAGUGCAGGAUCGGUUUGAACACUCAGCAUCUACAAAGUUUGCACCUGAAGAUAACCCCCCUUCCCGAUCAUAAAGAAGUCUGGUCCCAAGAGGAAUUGCAGGUAUUGGAGAAAUUCUUCGACACCCGAGCGGCGGCGCCACCGUACAAACCGACGUCCAUGUUCACGUUUUGCAACAUGUUGAACCUACCGGUGAACGUGUUGAAGGAUUUCAUACAAAUUAUGAAAUUAGAAUUGGUGCCGGGUCUGGUGCAACAACAACAAAUGAAAUGGGCGGUACAAUGGGUGUUGAGAGUCCCCCCCAGCGCCCCCAAUCUCGUUCCAGUCGGUAUGACCGGUGUGCUGGUAUUCAGAGCCAAAGUACUUUUCUUCUUACAAAUAACCAGAAUCGGUAUUCAGUACCCGCCUAGUAUGGAACCGCCGUCGAUAGUACUACCGCUGAUUUACGAUAUCAGCGCCAACGUAACUACUCUAGCCGAAAAACGUGAAGCCGGUGCUAAUCCCGCCAUGUCCUCCGUUAGUCAGAUGCUCAAACAUUUCACGCAAUACCAAUCGAAUAUAAACGAAUGUUCCGUUUUUCCGGCUAUCAGAGAACUACUUAUUAACUUGACGUUACCCUCGGAACCUCAGGCGCCGAGUCCGGUAACCGCCGGGGUGCAACAAAUCCAAUCGCCCGCCAUGCAGAUGCCUGGACAAGGAUCCCAACCCGGUUAUCCUGUAAAUAUGCCGAUGGGUAUGAUGGGUCCGCAAUAAUUCGGUUAGGUUGAUCAAUCGGGAAGCCUUUCGAAAGCAAACCCAUUGGGAAGCCUUCCAAAAGCCAAUCGGGAAGCCUUUCGAAAGUAAACACAUUGGGAAGCCUUCCAAAAGCCAAUUGGGAAGCCUUUCGAAAGCCAAUUGGGAAGCCUUCCAAAAGUAAAUACAUUGGGAAGCCUUUCGAAAGCCUUCCAAAAGUAAAUACAUUGGGAAGCCUUUCGAAAGCCAAUUGGGAAGCCUUCCAAAAGUAAAUACAUUGGGAAGCCUUUCGAAAGCCAAUUGGGAAGCCUUCCAAAAGUAAACCCAUUGGGAAGCCUUUCGAAAGCCAAUUGGGAAGCCUUUCGAAAGCCAAUUGGGAAGCCUUCCAAAAGUAAACCCAUUGGGAAGCCUUUCGAAAGCCAAUUGGGAAGCCUUCCAAAAGUAAACCCAUUGGGAAGCCUUUCGAAAGCCAAUUGGGAAGCCUUCCAAAAGUAAAUACAUUGGGAAGCCUUUCGAAAGCCAAUUGGGAAGCCUUUCGAAAGCCUUUUUGUAAUUGUUUUUGUGAUUUUCAGGUUGUAAAUGUUUUCCUAUUGAAAUAUAUUUAUCAUUUCAUU